UUGUGAUAUUUGUGACAUUUUGCUCCCAAAAAUCUUUCAAAAAUCAGACCUUGCUUAUUGAUUUUUAAAGCAAGCUGCUUUUCGGGCAGGUUUCGAGCCCACUCACCCUUGCAGUGUUCUGAGAUGUUCUGACUAUUAUGUUCUGACAUGAGCUAAAACUUGUAGGUGACGUUUUGUUACGAAUAAUUUGUUACUUCCAUAGGCUGUUUCUGUGGAAGCCGAUGGGGGAACGGAAAAGAUCGAGGUACCCUUCCUUUCCCGAUGAGUAUCUCACAGGAUUAGAACAACGUUUACAGCUGCUCUUGGAAGAAACUCCGGUCUUAGCAGAUGUUGCAAAAUUUGAUACGGAAGAGCUUAAAGAUAUCGUGUUGCGGGAAUCUGGGAAGGGAAUUCUGAUUAUAUUGCAUCGAGAAUCGGAGGGUUCUGUCGAAAUUGUAAUCCCAAGGAAUUCAUCAGUGAAUGAAUUAAAAAAGGCAGUCGGACGGAAGCUAAAUCUUCUCAAUGCAAAGCAGCGACGCAUAAACUGGAAAUACAUCUGGCAAAAGCACAAUUUGGCGUUUGGUAAUCAACAGCUUACCAACGAUUUGACCACCUUAGAAGAGUACGACUUGGAAAACAGUUCGGUGGUGACCUUUGUUAGAAAACCAAGAAAAAGAAAGCCGAAAAAGGCGGGAAAGCGAAAAAAUGAGGAAAAUGUGAGAUCAGAUUUCCAAUAACGCCUGAGUUAUUGCAGUGUUCGAUAUGCAUACGGCAUAGUCGUGAUUUGGGACGGAAUGAUCUUUUUAAAAAUUUUUUUAAUGUAUCGAAUCUGCUACCCUAGCUAGAGCUAUAUAUGCAAUGCAUUUGCGAGCUGGAAGAACCUUUUGCUUAAAGUUAUACGUGUACUCAAAGCUGGAUUUGAAUUCACGGCUUGACUGAGAGUUGAGUUGAAUUAAAAAGUAAAUGUUACUAAAAAUUUGAGUAAUUGGUGCUUACCGUUUGCAGAUAUUAGGCGAUUAAUGAUUGAGAUGAUUGCGGUAAUUAUUUAUAGCGAAACAUUCGAGGAUGUCCAGAAUUUCUGAUAAUUAUAGCUGAAUUUGAAUCAUAUUCGUUUUUAAAUUGAAAUGCUGGUGCAGGGGAAUAUUGACAGAAUUAGAAUGUCAGGAAAUAUAUGUAGGACUGUACGCAUUGCAAAUAUUUCUUGCAGUGGCAGUUAAGCUAGCGCUACAUAGCGCUAGCUUAACUAUACACUAAUAAUGUACCAGCGCCUGGGAAGAUUGACAGGAGCAAGGGCAAGAUGCCCGCGCUGUCCAUCGACCUUAUAUCGUGAUGGCUAUCCCAUAAUAACGACUGAUGUAAUGUUUGCGUACAAUCAUCCGCAGCUGGUUUGUUGAAUAGGCCUGAUUAAUUAUGAACCAGCAUUUUAUUUAUCUUUACACGCAUCGGUCAAAAUGGAAUGCCUUCUCCGGAAACAAUUACGAUGCCGCCGCAACCACGGUGCUGUGCGGUCAACAGCUGUACAAUCUGCCGUCGUUCCUAUGGCGCAGCGUCUGACUGCGUAAAUACCUCAUAUUAAUCUACGAUAUUCCGAACUAUAGUGUAACAUUCAUGUCAGGGACAGAUUGUGCAAAGGAUCUAUUCAGCUGGACACAGCGGGAACCGGGAGUGUGAUGCAAUAGAUAUAUCAGCCGCUGCGGUCGUGAGUUCGAGCAAAUGACCAUUGACAUGCCGGCCAACAAUGGCUGAACCACUUGGACGCGAACAGGGAAUUCAUCGGUCAAUAGCGGAGUCAGAAAAGCAUACGUAUUUUGCUGCGGUGCAAUUAUGGCCAAUGUGUCAUCGAGUGGCAGAUGAUUCAGAUGGACGUAAUAAACGAAGAAAAGGCUUUGACUGGUUAAUUUAUUAAAAUAGCGUCAGUUUUCUUUACCAAGUGGCACUUGAGCCUCGAGAGGAGAACGGCCAUGGCACUUUCAUACGCGGGAGCAGUUUGUGGCUCGAGUAAGCAGAGCUGUCCUGUUUUUUUACUCGAUUAUUUCCGGUGUUGUGUUUAUGGUGCGUUCUUGAACGGACUAGUAGCAAUGCGCUAAUUGAGUUUGACCGUUCCACUGGGGCGACCAGCGUAAAGAAACUAAUAAGACGACGUAACUGUUAUGUUCUCAAGAACAGCAACAUUUUACUGGGUUAUUUAACACUGUGUCAAUAUACGCCAUCAAAAGACAUAUUCAUUUGUAACUCUGUCUCUUUUCCCACAAGUUGUCGCAGCUGAAGAAUACGACGAACGUAAUCAAAUCGUUCCCUUAUUAUGUAACAGUCUGAAUAACGCUUCCGGACUAAGUUGAGGACAAAGCCUAAUUGCGGUUAAAAUACGUAGACGCUGCACUUGAAAUCUACUUCGUGUGAAAGUUUUGGGAUUCCAUUAUUUUCGUGACUGGAAUAUGUGGGACGUCGAGUUGGGACACUUACGA